CUGUUGUCUGACCAUGAUCGCAUCUUCAAAGUUCUAGAUCACCUACUUCAGACUCCGAGGGAUAGGUAUUUCAUACUUCGCUUCGUAGCCUCAGCCUCAUUCUCUGUUAUUCAUCUGUGAGCCUUGUCAACACAGGCUUCGGCCGAUGUGCCCUCCUUCCAUCAACUCCUAAACAUAUUGAAUGAAGACGCUGGUUGUGGAAUAUAACAAUGCAAGAAUGCAACGUUUCGCAGCCCGGAUCCGGUCUCGUCUCUCUAGAUUCGCUGAUUCCACCUCGUCCCAAGAGCCAGCCAUGCCCGUGUUGCUUUGAUUUGGAUGCGCCGACUGCUCUUCAAAACACCAACGACUUGGCUUGGAGCCAGAGCGAGUCCGUCAUCCGUCUAAGCCGGAGUCGGAGAAACCUCGAGAGCUCGGCAAGAUACGGCUGUCCAAUAUGCUCGGUUCUUCUCGAGGUAUUGAUGUUCUUUGGCUUGGACUCCCCAGGUGACGACAGGGCCCGUAACAUAGAGCUGAGAGUGCCUACCGACUCGGGAAACGUGGAGAUAUCGGUCGACGUCUACUACAUGGAAGUCUACGUGCAGUUAUAUAUGUCUCAUCAGAAGUCAUGGAAUCGGAUUCGACCCCUGCCAGACUUAAGUACUGAUUAUCUGUCGGAAGAAAGUCUAUCGUUUAUCAAGUCUCACCUACAGACAUGCCUUGCUAGCCACCGCCUCUGUUGCCAGGGCGACGGUAGCCUGCCAGCUCGGCUUCUCGAAGUAGGCCAUCGUGGCGAUAGCCACAUACGUCUUAUUGACACCGACAGCGUUUCCUCUGCAAGGUACAUUGCUCUUAGCUAUUGUUGGGGCAAUGCUAUCACUGUGAGGACUACAUUGGCUAGUUUAGAGGAUAUGCAGUCGGGUAUUGACGUCUCCAUGCUGCCACAAGUGUACGUGGACGCCAUCGCCUUGACGCGAGAACUUGGAAUUCAGUAUCUCUGGGUCGACGCACUCUGCAUUAUCCAGGAUAGUAUCGAAGACUGGGAGGCCGAAUCCGCAAACAUGUCCGACAUCUACGCCGGCGCCUAUCUCACCAUUGCGGCGGCGUCGUCUGGGUCGGCCGACAGAACCGUCCUUCGUCGCCAUCCUCGCGCUGAGUCGUAUGCCGACCAAUACUACGGGCGAGUGUUCACGAAACGGGUAGCAGACGAAGAAGGCGCCCACAUGCUGAAGGCGAGGGUCAUCCCGGAAGUCGGCGUCCAUUCCAAGUGGCAAGACCGCUCCGAUGAGCGUAUUCCAAGAGAGCCAUGGUCAAGGCGAACAUGGACCCUGCAGGAACAGCUGCUUUCGACGCGGUUGCUCUCUUUCUCCACGGCAGAGAUGCAGUGGACCUGUCUGGAGGCCGUGGCCUGCGAGUGUCGCUCCCAACUAAACCACCGUCGCCUGUUCGGCCCGAAUCCGGUUUCGCAGAUCACGCGACCUGCCGAUGCCUUCCGGUUCUGGCACAAGCUCAUCGAGAACUGUUCCGACCGGGACCUGACGGAUGCGCGGGACAAACUGACGGCGAUAUCCGGGAUCGCCGCGAUAUUGCAUCGGAAAACACGAUCCCGCUACGCUGCGGGCUUGUGGGCGGACAACAUUGACGCGGAUCUCCUUUGGCGGAGGGCCCACCCGACGACGACUGAGCCACCUCGGCCUGGGUACGUUGCGCCGUCUUUCUCGUGGGCCUCGGUCGAGGGGGAGGUGGAUUACUGCUGCUUCAAGAACGGCAAAUUGCCUUACCAUAAAAGUGCAUCUGUCGAGGCCGUUGAAACGGUCGCUAGUCGGAACGCUCCCUUGGGUCGCGUAGAGGGUGGACGGCUUACGAUUCGCGGACCGCUCAUUCAGGGAUGCAUGGAAGAGUCGUCCCGUCCCGGGGUGUAUGUUGUGAGGCUGUGUCAGAUGCGGUUGGUGGAAGUACUCGCCGACGGCGUUCUUCAGCAAGUUGUAGUGGCAGGACCAGAUGGCAGCCUUGAGACGACUGUCUGCAGAUGGAGUCCUUCGGGGUCCGGGUCCACCCAGAACUUGUCAACUGACACGGAAGGAGAUCCAGGCACGGAAGAGGAAGAAGUGGAAGCGACUGGUCAAAUACUCAUCGCCGCCAAACCAGAUGUCGCGGGUCCGAGGAUGAGGUGCUGGGUGAUGAGACUCGGUUAUUUCUCUUCCGCAUCAGAUCUAGCAAGUCCACAGAUCAGGGACCACGAAUUGUUGAUACUAGGCAAGUCGCCGAGGAGUCCAGGGAAUUUUGAGAGGGUUGGCCUCGCCACAUAUCCUGUUAAAGAGGGAAGAAGUUCAGUGCUUGAGGAAGUGAGCGAACAGGAACAUAUAGCCACCAUCACGAUAGUGUGAGUUGGUUCAUGACAUACUGUACGGACAUCAUAUAGUGGAGGAGUAUAGGUAGUCCUGUUCAGCAUAAGAAUAAAAAAACGGCCGGAAAUAGAGAGACUGAUGAAUUAUUCCACCGUUUGAAACGCGC